CCAAUUCCAUAACGAAGAAAAAAAAUGGCUCGUUAAUCAGAAAAGCGUCAUUAAAGUUGAUGACCAAGAACACAUCCAGAGCACGCUCCGCUGCAUUGGCCACCAAGCAUGAAUAACAACAAACAAUAAUUUGAAUGAAUCAGAAGAACGAAUGUCAUUCACGAUCAUCGAUGGUGUUAACCCAAUUGCUUCCUUCCUUCUCUUUUGGGCGCCCCCAUGAAUGUUCCAUGAAAAGACUGCUCUGUAAGUGAGCGAUGAUUGUAAAUAAUCGUUCGUGUAAUCCAAGUGAAAACGAUGAUGAAUUUUUAAAAUCAGAAUCCAAGUGAAAACGAUAAUGAAUUCUUAAAUUCAGCCUUGUCAGUACUUUGAUUUUCUUAUGAUAUUGUUCUCUCAAUUGAAAAUGCUUUUGAGAGUUUGAUUAAAAUCCGAUGAAUAUUGUAUUGCAAUGAAAUCUGUUCUCAAGAAGUUAUGGUUCUGUUUUUUUCUCUUGCUUUUUGGAUUUUUUACAGGAUGCGGUAUGGUAUGUGCAGAGGGUAUAUGUGACACAUCGCAUGUGGAACACUGCUACGAUACUCUUGUUCAUUAUGAAGGAUUGGGAUUUCCCCUUUACGGAAAAGAUGAAGAAGAGCUGAAUGAAACAUGCGAGACGAUGAACGAUUCAUUCGAGUGUCUCCAGGCGUAUUCGCAACAUUGUAAUGAAAGUGAGGCAUGCGACGAUGAGGGCUGUUCACAAAUGUUGGAGGAUAUCGAAACAUUUUCCACAAACACAGGAUUAAGGAAUGUUGAAAAAGAACUCUGCAAUCCAGGUGCUACGAGGGAAGCCUACUUGGAAAAUUAUUCAUGCUUAGCGAGUAACGUUGAACAUUAUGCCGCCUGUCACAAUGACUCUCAGAUGUCACAGGAUUUCAUGACAACCAUCAAAGAGCCGUCACAAGCAAUCGCAGCUCGAUGCUGCUUUUUCACCUGGUACCACGAUUGCUUUACGAACAUAACUCGGGACUUUUGCAACGACAAUGCAACUUUUGUUGUGUCAAUCAUUCUUCACAAUCUCCUAUCGCACAUAUCGGAACAGGUGUGCGGUAAAUCACCUGAUGUAUGUGACAGACCCCCUCUGCCUCCCACCCACAAGGAGGAGGAGGAGGAGAUCAUCCCGCUGGACGAUGGCCACAAAAAUAUUACUGACGUUGACAAUACCCUGGAAGAACAUCAUAUAAGUGAUGCAACAUUCCACGUAUCGUCUUUUUCGACUUUAUGUAUAACAUUUAUGAACAUUUAUCUCUUAAUGUAUAUUAUAUAAAUAAAUUAUUUAUUUUAUGUU